AUGGCCACGCUCGGCCUUUCCAAGGUGUUCAUACUCGACAAGUACUUUACCGAGCUGCAGAAGUUCUGGGAGACGGAGAAGAAGCUGCAAGACGCAUCGUCGUCCAACGAAGCGGUGCACCUGCAGCGGCGGCUGCUGAGCCUCAGCUCGGAGCUGGUCACCCUCCGCAACCACCUGCACGUGGGCGGGGCCGGAGCCCCGGCCACCCCGGCUGCCCCGCCCGCCUCGCCCGGCGGCUCGCAGCCGGCCGUGCCGCCGCGCGCGCCCCUGCCGCCGCCCCCCGCCCCCGCGCCGCCCCUGCAGCCGCACCACCCUCCGCCGCCGCCGCCAGAAGCACGAUGGCGAGCCGGCUCCGCAGGCGGCGCCCCGGCGACGGGAACCAUUGGGAGCGCGGGCACCGGCUCCGACGUGGACGACCUCAUCCACUUGCGAGGCCCGCUCACGGAGGACGCCGUCGUGCGAGCGCUUCAGGCGCGAUUUUAUCAUAACAAAUUCUACACGUCCGCGGGCCCGAUCCUGCUGGCGCUGAACGCGUACACGGACGCCGGCAACGCGCUGACGCCGGGCGCGGCGCGCGCGCAGCGGCCGGAGCUGGCGCGGCUGGUGCACGACGCGGUGCGCCACCAGGCCGACACGGGCUGCCCGCAGGCCAUCAUCCUGUCGGGCGCGUCGGGCUCGGGCAAGACCUACGCGUCCAUGGUGCUGCUGCGGCGCCUGUUCGACGUGGCGGGCGGCGGGCCCGAGACCGACGCCUUCAAGCACCUCGCCGCCGCCUUCACCGUGCUGCGCUCGCUGGGCACGGCCGCCACGCACGCCAACUCGCACUCCAGCCGCAUCGGCCACUUCAUCGAGGUGCAGGUGACGGACGGCGCGCUGUACCGCACCAAGAUCCACUGCUACUUCCUGGACCAGACGCGCGUGGUGCGGCCGCCAGCCGGCGAGCGCAACUACCACAUCUUCUACCAGAUGCUGGCCGGCCUCACGCCCGACGAGCGCUCGCAGCUGCACCUCGACGGCUACACCGCCAAUGACUUGCGCUACUUGGCGUCGUCUCACCCGCGCCGGCCCGAAGCCGAGGACGGCGCGCGGUUCCACGCGUGGAAGAGCUGCCUGGGCGUGCUCGGCAUUCCCUUCCUGGACGUGCUGCGCGUGCUCGCUGCCGUGCUGCUCCUCGGAAACGUGCACUUCACCGACAACGCCGAGGGAAACGCGGAGCCAAACGGAGAGGCGGAGCUGGUGGCGGCGGGCGCGCUGCUGGGCGUGGGCGCGGCGGCGCUCAUGCGCGGGCUGGGCACGCGCAGCGCGGCGCGCGGCGGGCGCGGCCAGGUGCGCGCCGCCUCCAGCGCCGCCGUCGCCGCCGCCGCGCGCGACGCGCUGGCCAAGGCGCUAUACUGCCGCACCGUCGCCACCAUCGUGCGGCGCGCCAACUCCCUCAAGCGCCUCGGCUCCACGCUGGGCACGCUGUCGUCGGACUCCAACGAAUCGGUGAGUGACGCGGCGUCGCGGCGCGCGUCCACGGCGGGCGGCGGCGCGCGCGGGCGGGCGGGCGCGCGCUCCAUGGCGGCGCUCAACGACGCCGUGCGCCACGCCACCGACGGCUUCGUGGGCAUCCUUGACAUGUUCGGCUUCGAGGACGCCGGCCCGAGCCGCCUCGAGCACCUGUGCGCCAACCUCUGCGCCGAGACCAUGCAACACUUCUACAACACGCACGUUUUCAAGUCGUCGGCGGAGUCGUGUCGCGAGGAGGGCGUGUCGGGCGCGCUGGAGGUGGAGUACGUGGACAACGUGCCCUGCAUCGACCUGGUGUCGUCGCUGCGCACCGGGCUGCUGGCCGCGCUGGACGCCGAGUGCGCGGCGCGCGGCUCGGCCGAGCAGUACGUGGCGCGGAUCAAGGCCGCGCACAGAGGUCAUCCGAGAUUAGCGGAACCGAGACCGCCGCACCCUCGACGCUUCGCCGUGAGACACUACGCGGGUGAGGUGACGUACGACGCCAGUGACUUCCUGGACGCUAACCGCGACGCCGUGCCCGACGAGUUGCUUGCCGCUUUCGAUACUAGAACCUGCGAAUUUGGCUUCGCGACGCAUCUCUUCGGCGCCGAACUCAAGGCGCUGGCGGCGGCGGGCGGGCCUGCGGGCGCGCAGUUCCGCGCGUCGCCCACGGCGGGCGGCGCGGCGGUGGCGGCGGGCGCGCUGGGCGGCGCGCCGCCCACCCCCGCCGCCGCCACCGCGCCCGCCUCCACGCUCACGCAGGACUUCCACACGCGCCUCGACAACCUGCUGCGCACUCUCGUACACGCGCGCCCGCACUUCGUGCGCUGUUUGCGCGCCAACUCCACCGAGACACCUAUGCUCUUUGACCGCGUCACGGUUGCCCGACAGGUUCGCGCUUUACAAAUACUGGAGACGGUCCAGCUGAUGGCCAGCGGGUACCCACACCGCAUGCGGUUCCGCGCGUUCAGCGGGCGCUACCGCGCGCUGUGGCAGCGCAAGGCGGGCGGCGGGGGCGCGGGCGCGGGGGCUGGGGCGGGCGCGGGGGCGGAGCGCGAGGCGGGCGCAGCGUGCGCGCGCGUGCUGCGCUCCGUGGCCGCCGCCGCUGCACCGCCCGCGCCCGCAUCGCCCGCUGCCGUGCGCUGGGCACUCGGCAAGCGACACGUCUUCCUCAGCGAGGGCAUGCGCCAGGUGCUGGAGCGCAUGCGGCGCGCGCGACGUCAGGCGGCGGCGGAGUGCAUCCAGGCAGCGUGGCGCGAGCACCGCGCCCGGGGCCCCCGGGGCGAGCGCCCCAGCCGGGGCACCCGGGGCGAGCGCCCCGCCCCGCCCGCGCGCCGCCGCCCCGCGCCCAUCGCCGGCACGCCGCCGCCCGACCCCGCCGACAAGUGCGACCCGCAGCUGGUGAAGCGCACGUGCUCGCUGUUCGGGCUGGACCUGGAGCGGCCGCCGCCGCUGCCGCCGCCGCGCGCCUACACGGUGGCGCACGGCGUGAAGCUGGGCUACCCGCAGCAGCGCACGGUGGCGGCGGACUGGGACGAGGGCGGCGUGCGCCUGCGCGCCGGGGACACGGUGCUGGCGCUGGGCGCCGCGCGCCGCGGACACGUCUCCGUGCAGGUGUGCGGCCGCACGGUGCCGGUCCCGCACGCGGUGCUGGCCCCGCCCCGCGCGCCGCGCGCCGCCCCGCCGCCGCCGCCCGCGCCCGCCUGA